AUGAGUGAAUUCAGCCGUCAAGCUCAUCCUGAUGCUGCGCAUCGCGAGAGACUUUCGAGGGAAAUUCCUGGCUUGAGUCCAAGACAAGUUCAAGUUUGGUUCCAGAACAGGCGUGCGAAGCUGAAGCGUUUGACAGCUGAGGAUCGCGAAAGGAUGAUGAAGUCAAGAGCUCUGCCGGACAACUUUGACAUGACACCCAGUCUGCACAGCAAUUAUGGCUCAGCUCCUGGUGGCAUUACACCUGGCGCAUCGCCUGCUAGCUAUGGCACAGUCAUCCACCAACCUGGACACAUCCGCCCCUUGACUCUCGACACACUCCGACGAGGGGAGAUGGGACCUACCUACAUCAGUCCCACUGGAAUACCUCCAGGAAUGACAACCAUGGCAUACACUCCACCACACUCAGCAACAGACACCAUGUCUCCUGUCUCCAGACCACCUGAGGGUCCUACUUAUGGGUACGCCGCUCGUUCAACUCUGGACAGCCCUCAGAGAGCCAUGUUCCCAGGACCACCUCCAUCGUACACCAGCCAAUACUCUCAACCCCCGCGGCUUCCCGUACACGAUAGAUUCAGACGUGCAAGUGGAGAGACUGCCACUUCAUCUCCCCUAAGAUCGAGCAUGUCUUAUGGUAGCCUAAGUGGCGAAAGUUCUCAACACCCCUCAGAGGCGAGAACCCCAGGGCUGCAGUCGUCUGAGGGCCAGGGAUAUAUUUCUGCACAGGAUGCGCAGAGGAACAUGCCUCCCCCAAGUGGACCUUAUGGCUUAGGUCUUCCAUCUUGUCAGUAUUGUUUGUUUUCCAACAUCGCGUAA